AUGAAAGAUUGGCAUACUGAUGAGAACACAGGUGCAUGCCAAGAAAACGAAAAAACAAACAAUAAAGAGCAAGUCAGCAGUAACAAAUGCGUAUCGAACAAAAAGAACGACAAUGGGAAUUCAAGGAGUACGAGCAGUAAAUGUAAUAAUGAAGAUAAAAAUAAAAUUACAGAGAAUGAAAUAAAUAAAUCAAAUAAUAAAUCGUACAAAUUAGGUGGUAUAGUUGGCAAUGGAAGUUUUGGUAUUGUCUAUGAAGCUAUUUGUCUUGAUUCAUCGGAAAAAGUAGCAAUUAAAAAAGUUUUACAAGAUCCACAAUAUAAAAAUAGAGAAUUAUUAAUAAUGAAAAAUUUGAAUCAUAUCAAUAUAAUAUAUUUAAAAGAUUAUUAUUAUACAGAAUGUAUUAAAAAAAAUGAAAAGAGUGUAUUUCUAAAUGUAGUGAUGGAAUAUAUUCCACAAACUGUACAUAAAUAUAUGAAAUAUUAUGCUAGAAAUAAUCAAUCUCUACCUCUUAUUUUAGUAAAAUUAUAUUCAUAUCAAUUAUGUAGAGCUUUAGCUUAUCUACAUUCUAAAUUGAUUUGUCAUAGGGACUUAAAACCACAAAACUUAUUAGUUGAUCCAAAAACACAUACAUUAAAACUAUGCGAUUUUGGUAGUGCAAAAAAUUUAUUAAUGGGUCAACGCAGUGUUUCCUAUAUUUGCUCUAGAUUUUAUAGAGCACCUGAACUGAUGUUAGGCUCUACAAAUUACACUACUCAUAUCGAUUUAUGGUCUUUAGGAUGCAUAAUAGCGGAAAUGAUUUUGGGGUAUCCCCUGUUUUCUGGUCAGUCCAGUGUUGACCAGUUAGUUAGAAUAAUACAAGUACUAGGUACGCCAACCGAAGAACAGAUGAAAGUAAUGAACCCGAAUUAUGCGGAUGUUAAAUUUCCCAACGUUAAACCAAAAGAUUUAAAAAAGGUAUUCCCAAAAGGCACGUCGGAAGACGCUAUAAAUUUAGUAUCUCAAUUUUUAAAAUAUGAACCGUUAAAAAGGCUUAGUCCAAUUGAGGCACUGGCUGAUCCAUUUUUUGAUGAUCUGAGGGAUCCAUGUAUUAAGCUUCCAAAAUAUAUUGACAAACUACCUGAACUGUUCAAUUUUUCCGACGUGGAAAUUAAAGAAAUGUCUGACGCGUGCAGGCGAAAAAUAUUACCCAAAUCUGUUUAUGAGAAAUUUGAAGAAUGUGCACUGAAAAACUCAAAUGACAACAUAAAUGUUAAUAAAGAUAUAAACAAAGAAAUUAAUGAAUCCAAUUUAGAGAAAAACAAAUCAAAUAAUAAGCCUCGUCUAAUAAUUGAAAGUUGA